AAGGAGUCAGAAAAUAUUAUUUAAUAUUUUGAAAGCAAGUUACUAAGUUGAUUUCACAAAUACAAAAUUUUUAAGUAUAAUAAUAUAAUGUCACAACUGCGACGAGAAGCUUUAAGGGCAUUUAAAAAUCUACAUCGCACUAGGCAAUUCGUGUUUCAAGGGGAUACACAAACGCUGGAAGCUGGGCGCAAAGAGAUAAACGAACACUUUCGGAAAAAUUGCAAUGAGACAAAUGAAAAUGAAAUUAAAAAGAUGAUACAGUUAGCGAACGAUGUCAGCAAAGAAUUACGAUCAAACGUUAUACAAGCAGUACAGGAAAAAGGAGACGUGUUCCAUUUGCGUAUCACAGAAGAAACAACACGGUUGGACAAUGUUGUCUUUAAUCCAGACGCAAUAAUAGAGCAAAUAACCCCACGUAAAGGCAGGACUGUUAGUGGUGCUUGCGGAGGGCAGAAUAUUGCAGACGACAAAAUAAUCGAUUCUAAGUAACCUUUACAGUAAAAUUAAUUUAAAUAAAAUUCCGUUCUACUCGUCUUUAAAAUUCAUUUAGCCAUAUUAAUUGAAAA